AUGUGGCCCUCUCGAGGAGGCGGAGGAGGAGGAAAUACGAACGCCCCGUACUCUCCGUUCGAGGAUGAUUCCAACGAGAAAUCCUACGCCGCGAAGUUGUACACCAAGAAGAAGAAGAAGAAUUACACCAACAACGGUUUACUCUUUAACGGAUAUAAUAACAACACGAACAACAACAACAACAACAACAGAAAAGGAGUGAAAAUCAUCGGCGGCGUGUUACUCCUGAUGACGAUUUUGAGAGUGUUUUGGUCGUCGCGUUUGAGUGCGACGAAUACUACGAAUAGGACGAGUGGUUUUAGGCACGUGGAUAAAUACGACAGAGAAGGGAACGCGAAGUCGAUGAUGGACGGCGGAAACGGCGUCGUCGUCGAUGGGAAUAACGAGUAUUACGAUGUGAACAACGAUUCAGACGAUUCAGACGGGAAGAAGACAAAGAAGACAAAGAAGAAUCUGUGGUCGCGAGCGACGAACGACGCUCCGCGCUCGUCUCGCGUAUCUUCGCAAAAAGUAGCCGCGAAUUUAGUCAUCGAUCAUCUCGGUCGCGCGUUAGCGCCGAUGAUAUCGAAAUACGUGGAUAUAGAUGAAGACGGCGCGGUGGACGCGAACGAGUUGGAACGAUUCGCGGAGAGAGUCGGCGGGGUUGAAAAUGUCGGGAAAGGGUUCACGAGCGCGGUUUUAGCGGCGUUGACGGCGACGUGGGGGGACGCGGAGAGCGGUGGACAGCAUAAUCGGCCGAUUGAGAAAACGCCGUGCGCGUUGGAGUUUAAUCGAGGGUUGAGUACUGGGGCGGAGUUAGAGGUGACUUCGGACGUGCAGUUUAAAGGGGUGAAGCCGUUUUGCGUCGAGGCGUGGGUGAAACCGAGCGACGCGGAAACCACUCGGAAUGGGUUUCAAGGGUACGGUGGCGCGAUAUUCGCGAAGAAGAUGAGCGACGAGAUGCACCCAGACGACGACGAAACCGACGUGUUGUUAAUGGACGAAGACCAGAAAAAAGGAGGGAAGAACGUCGGACGAGGCCAGUUUACGUUUGCGUUGGACGACGCCGGAGGUUUAACGUUUAUGAGAGAAACCGGCUUGACGACCGCGUUACGAUCGAAAAGACACUUGAAACCAAACUCCUACACGCACGUCGCCGCCUCUUACGGGUUUGGCGACGCGUCCAUAUUCAUAAACGGCACGUUAGACGCGACGAGGAAAGAAGGCGCGAUUUUACGCGGCGACGACGUGACGCCGCUCACGAUUGGAAUGUUGUUAGAUAGAAAAGGCCGCUCGAGGUUAGGUUUCACCGGAACCAUCCAAGAAGUCCGCCUGUGGAACCGACCGUGCGACAAAGAGUCCAUGAAACGGUACUACGAGCGUCGAUUAGUCGGAUGGGAACCUGGACUCACCGCAUAUUGGCCCAUGAACGAUUGUUUCGGUAAAAUUUUAGCGGAGAAGCGAGGCGAAUACCGAGGACGCGUGACCGGCAGAGCCGCGUGGAGAAGAAACGGACACCAUUUAAUGACCGACGACGACAUCGAACUGUGCAAACACCUCGCCAAAGGCGUCAUCGAUGAAAGCUUAGCCUGA